AUGUCUUCGCUGCCGUUGAAGAGAAGCCGCAAAUUGACGAAUCGGGCCAACAAGAAGCUGAAGGAGUUAUUUUCUGAGCACCAUCGCGAAGAAAGCCAGGAUGCGGAAGUGCCGGGAACGAGCCGGUUGGUGCCUCAACAUAGCGAUUCAACGUCGCAGGGAGCCAAUCAACACCAGGAGAUAGAAGAUUCGUCGCAGCCUGCAAACCCGGCCGUCACAAGCGAAAUUAGUUUUAAUCUUUCUGGUGGUGGUGUUCAUGGGGAUGCAGUUUUAGAUGACUUAGAUGAUAGCGUAGAUCAAGAAGGUGGUGGGAAUAUUAUCGUACAUAACCAACCACGUUCAUCAAUUAAUGAAAUUUUGGCUAUUUUCAGACAAUGGACCGACCUUCCGCUUCCCAAGGAUUCACGUACGCUGUUAAAAACAUCAACCACCAUCAGCCAGGAGAUACGAACCGUUGAAGGGGGAGAGUUUUGGUACAAAGGAAUUGAGAAUAAGCUCAACAGCUACUUCCAGUAA